CGCAGCGGAGCUCGGGCAGCAGCGGCAGCGGCGGGGUGGGUGUCGAAGGCGGCGGCGGAGUUGGAGGCUGGAGCCGGAGUCUGCGAUGGAGCAGCCGAAGAAGGCGGUGGUGGUGACGGGAUUUGGCCCUUUUGGAGAACAUACAGUUAAUGCCAGCUGGAUUGCUGUUCAGGAGCUGGAGAAGCUGGGACUGGGAGAUAGUGUGGACCUUCACGUGUAUGAAAUUCCUGUGGAAUACCAAACAGUCCAGAGGCUCAUACCUGCCCUGUGGGAAAAGCACAGUCCUCAACUGGUAGUCCAUGUAGGGGUGUCUGGCAUGGCAACAACAGUGACCUUGGAAAAAUGUGGCCACAACAACGGAUACAAAGGGCUGGACAACUGCCUUUUCUGUCCUGGCUCCCACUGCUGCGUAGAAAAUGGGCCAGAAUGCAUUGACUCCAUCAUUGACAUGGAUGCCGUCUGCAAGCGAGUGACCACCCUGGGUCUGGAUGUCACAGUGACCAUCUCCCAGGAUGCUGGCAGGUAUCUCUGCGACUUUACUUACUACACCUCCUUGUACCAGAGCCACGGCCGAUCUGCGUUUGUGCACGUCCCUCCACUAGGAAAACCUUAUAACGCAGACCAGUUGGGCCGAGCCCUGCAAGCCAUCAUCGAAGAGAUGCUGGACAUGCUGGAGCAGUCUGAAGACCAGAUCGACUACAGCCCCCAGCCCUGAGCAGGGCGUCGGCGGAUUGUCACAGUCACGUGGGAACGGGCCCCUCCUGCUCUGGACUCUAGGUACGCCCUCCAGCCCUGCUGCCUAGCACGGGAACUAAAGACGCAAGCACACAAA